AUGGAUAUUUGGAUUCAAGUAAUAAACACGAAAUUGGAAUCCGAAGAAUUCGAAUUUGAAGGAAUAUUUUUAGGUGGCAAAAUUGUGUUACAGAAAGAUUUUUUCGAUGAAAAUGACGCAUCAACCUCAUCAGGAUGGCUUCUUCAUGCUUAUUUCAGGCCAAUUGAAUUUAAAGACAGACCUUUUAUAGCCGAUAUUUGUUUUCGAUAUGGAACUAGGAGGAGAGAGAUUAUGUCAAUUUUUGUCGAAAACGACACAUUCUUGGGGCAUGUGACGUCCAGAGAGAAAAAAGGAAGAAUUAUAAUUGCAGCUAGACUUAGGAAAUUCCUGUGUGGAGUUGAUCUCAAACAACCAUCGAGUUCUCGAAACUUCAUUGUUCAGAAUUUUGACGCAAAAUUAAAGGAAAGCGUCCUCUAUUAUGUUAGCACAAUCAAAUUGAGCUUCAUCGGAGGAGAUUUGUUCAAAAAAUGGCACGCGCAACACGAAAUCGGUGUAUUGACCGUAAAUGAAGCAUUUGAGACAUCGGCGAUUGAAACGUUAUUGGAUUCCACUGCCAAAUAUGACGAUAUUGUGAUUAUGAGGCAUACUGUAGACAGGUUAAUUCUUCUUGCGAGAAAAUUCCGAAUGCACAAACUUAUGAGAGCGAUUGAGGAUUACAUUGUGAGCACAAAAUUGUUAAGUUGGGAUGAGAAAAUGCUGCUAGCGCUUCAAUAUCGAAUGAGUCCACUUUACGUGCAGAUUCAGAAGCAAUAUUUGAUGUCGCCAUGGACGACACUUUGCAGGGUCCAGCGGCUUCUGUUGUCUCAUUACGUUAAAAAUGGAGCCGAAGAGGUUUCGAAUCCCUAUGAGCAGCUUCAUAAGCACUUUUUAGAACUUAUCAUGUUAUCCGAUCAAAAUAUUUGUAUUGGAUAG